AUGUUACUCGCGGGUUCCGUUUUGUCUCUCGGUCCGUUGUCGGGGCUCCGCACGACGUAUGAUUACCACGGCCUCGGGACUGCUAGAUGGUCGCGGAAGCGAUAUCGUGGUCCCCCGGAGACCGUUUUCUGCGAAGCGAACACCAAGGAGACGGCGCUCACGACAAGUGCCCCCUGGCAGAUAAUAUUGUGCUCUGCCAUUGUCAAUUCGGGCUUGACACGGGCGGAGCUCCCCAUCGACGAUGGCGCCGAAAGCCCGUAUCAAAAUGCCGUGCACAUCGGGCUUCAACAUUCAAGGAUACAGCGAGAUAGGCAGGCCAGAAUCCUCCAGUCACCCUGGGUCAAGGGUGAACAGAUGACCACGGAGAGUAGGGGGGUAUUGGCCGCUCCGCCAACCGUGACGGACGGACGGGUGCUCCCACAGAACUAG